CAUCUUGAAUGUUUUUUCUACAGCGUGUUUUUGUGAAGCAAAGAACGAGAGCAUCUGUUAUUGGAUUUUCUUAACUGUUUGGAUCAAGGGAAAAUGUCUACCAUUAAAAAUUCUGGAUUUACUUUGCAGUGACAAAAAAGAAGAGUCAUAAGACACACCUCCUUAAAACUUGAAUUAGAAUAAAUUUAAUUUAUGCUUUAAACAGCAUUGGUUGGCUGGUUCAUAUGUUUUUUCUUAAAUUAUUUUUAUUAUUAUUAUAAUCAUUAAUUCGUUUUUUGCUCAAGGAAUUCUGUAUGGGGCAGAACAUUCGAGAUCAAGACAAAAAAAACCAAAAUUAUUGCUCCAUCUGGAUUUAGAUUCCUUUCUCAAAGCUGGAAAAAAUCUGUGCUAUUCAGUCCACAUUUCAUCUUCCUUGGUGAAAAAAACCGUCAGCUGACAGAGUAAAGAGAGAGCUCAGUUUGUUGGAACUAAUCAAGAAAAGAAAGACGAAGGAGAAAGACCAUGAGCCCACAUCUUAAAUUCUCCCUCUUGAUCAUUUUGUGGUUUUGUUUUGAUCACGUUACAGUUGUGGCUGAAGGCAGACAUCCUACUUCGUCUCUCCCAGAUGCAGAUCUGAUGUUUGAGAUUUUGCUCGGUGGCGUCACAGUAGACCGGUAUAACAACGUCCUCUUGCAGGACGAAGAGCUGGCAUCGAUGAGGCAAGGACGAGACUUCCUGUCUCAGAUCAACGAUGGCGUUCCCAAAACUCUGACUUCCAUGAAGCUCUUGGCAAGAACUCUUGAGGAGGGUCAGAAGGCGCCGCUGACUCAGGGUCAGUUUGAGACUGUUGUCCUGAGCGUGGCGUUCUCUGCCCACCAGGCUUACAGUCAGAAGAGCACAGAGGAACGCGAGGCGUGGGGGGAAGUGCUCCUCCAGCUGGCAAACACCACAGUCAAUCACCUGCGAGGAAGUUUUCUCUUCAAUUACGCUUAAACGUUCGCCUGAAUGUGAACAGUUGAGUGAAUAAAUCAGCUGCCUGUAAUCUUUCUCCAUUUGUUGUCCCACCAAUAAAUCCAGUUUUUAUG